CAGCUCUGGUGAAGUUGUGGCUCAGCCAAGCUUAGCACGCCGAAAAGAAGAUCCUGCUGUUGACGGAGUGCAACCCAAGUUGACAAGAAUUAGAAUCAAUAUCAACAUCUUUCACGCCUGAACCAUGGAUCUUCUCAACUCCCUCAAACUCAAAGCUCCCGCCCCGAAGAUGCAGUCUGCACCUGACGGCCCCUUGGUCUGGGUUGACUGCGAGAUGACUGGGCUGGAUCCGGACAAGGAGGAAAUUAUCGAGAUUUUCUGCAUCAUCACCACCGGGAACCUGCAAGUCAUUGACCCCGAGGGCUGGGGCUGCGUGGUGCACCAGACGGAGCAACGCAUGGCGCAGAUGGACGACUGGUGCACCAAGACACACGGCGACAGCGGGCUCACAGCGGCGGUCAUGAAGUCGACGACGACACCCGAGCAGGCUGCCGACGACUUGCUCGCUUACAUCAAGAAGCACAUCCCGCAGAAGAAGACGGCGCUGCUUGCGGGCAACAGUGUACACGCAGACCGAUCGUUCCUCAACAAGCCGCCCUACCGCAAGGUGGUUGACCAUUUACACCAUCGCAUUCUCGAUGUCAGCUCGCUCAAGGAGGCGGCGAGACGUUGGUGCCCGCCGCAGGUCGUGGACGGUGCCCCGGCCAAGCAGGGACUUCACCAAGCCAAGGAGGAUAUCCUCGAGAGUAUUGCUGAGGCCAAGUACUACAGAGAAGCCAUUUUUGGCCGGACGUGGAGAGGACAGGCCAGCGCGCAGGACACGCCGGUCAGUGAACGGGAUGAGGACGAUGCCUGGGCGGACAACCUGCUGUAGAUUAUGAUAUCUCUGAAGUUGAACCUGGCCUUUCUUGACCUGAUGAGGCACUGGGAUGUGUGAGAUAUCUCGAGGUGCCUCACCUGCCUUACCUAAGAUUGCCUGGUAGCUACCUAAUGUAAAUAGUUGAAUCGAUAGUUGGCCGC